AUGUCUGUGCUCGACGGAACAUACAAGGGAGAAGGAGCACAGAUUAGACGAAGGGUUAAGAAAUCUUUCAAGAGAGUUUGCAGCAAGAAAACUGUGAAGCGAAAAUUGCCAAUACUACAAUGGCUACCGACAUAUACUUUUGGAGCACUUAUUCAAGACAUUAUAGCAGGAAUAACAGUUGGCUUAACGGCUAUACCCCAGGGUAUAGCAAAUGCCCUGAUAGCUGGUUUAUCCCCUGAAUACGGUCUCAACGCUGGAUUACUAGGUGGUGUCGUAUACGUUUUCGUUGGUAGCUGUAAGGACAUAACAGUUGGACCUACAGCAAUAAUAGGGGCAAUGAUUAGUAAAUAUGUGGAUUAUUCAGCAGAUUUUGCCGUUCUCGCCACUUUUUUGGCGGGCGUAGUAGAAUUCUUGAUGGGAGCGCUGAAUUUUGGAUUUCUAGUAGAAUUUAUAUCAGUACCAGUUAUCAGUGGAUUUACAACGGCAGCAGCUUUGCAAAUAGCUGCCUCGCAAUUAAAAUCCUUGUUUGGUUUGGCUGGCUCAUCGGGAAAUUUCUUUGCGCAGUCUGUCGUUAACUUUUUCAAGAAUAUAAAAACUUCAAGACUUUGGGACCCUGUGCUCGGAUUCGGGACAAUAUUCAGUCUGAUGCUACUAAAACGUUUGGGACAAGGCUGUUCGAUUACUGGUGGAAUUUCUCAGAAAAUAAGAUGGUAUUUAUCACUUAGUAGAAACGCUGUGGUGGUUAUUAUUGGAAUGCUUAUAGCGUUUAUAAUAAAACAGGCAAUAGGUGAAGAACCAAUGAUAUUAGUUGGAAACAUCACGAGAGGACUGCCUACGCCGAGUUUACCUCCAUUCAGUACAACAGUUGGAAACGAGACCUAUAACUUUAUUGAUAUGUUACAAGUAUUUGGACCCGGCUCAUUAGUUAUACCAUUAGUUUCGACUCUAGAAGCCGUUGCUAUCGCCAAAGCCUUUUCAGGAGGGCUACAAGUAGAUUCAAACCAGGAAAUGAUGGCUCUUGGAUUAUGCAAUAUCGCUUCAUCUUUUGUAAGCAGUAUGCCGAUUACUGGUUCUUUCACAAAGACGGCUCUAAACCACGCGUCUGGUGUUCGUACACCUGCUGGAGGCAUAGGUUUAGAAUAUGGUAUUGUAACAGGUGUAUUGCUUGACGCCGCUGUAGUUUUGUUUUAUAAGGCACGACCGAAAAUUGAUUCUUACGUUUUCAAAACAACAAAAUCAGAUAUGUCCGUAGUCACUUUGAAAUAUAGCCUAUCUUAUUGUGCUUCCGAAUACGUACGACAAAAACUACUUAAAGCAGUACGCAAUAUGCCUCCUGGCAGUUAUUUAAUUGUUGACGGAACUAAUCUGCAAAACAUUGAUUUGACAAUUGCAGCAAACCUUAUGUCUGUUGCUGGUGACAUAGACAAACGGGCGUGUCCAAUUUUGUUUUUAAAUUUUGAUGAGUCUAUUAAAAAAAUGUGUAUAGAUUUAAAGCCACAGUUUGCAAAGAAUUUUGUCAUUAGUACAGAUAUAGGGGAAGCCGUGGAUGUCUAUCUUAAAAAUAUGUAG